AGCCCCCGCCGCAGCUCGGCUCCUGCCGGGAUCCGACGCUCGCACUACAGUCGCGGCUGCUGCUCCAGGCCCGCCCGCCGUCGCUAGCUCUCGCGCCCCUGGCACGCUUCUCCCGCGUCCCGGGAUCGUUCCAGCGUCCUCGCGCGCCCCUCGCGCGCGGUGAUUGACCCAUCCGCCCCGCUCGCCGCUCCCCGGCACCCUCGGGGGGCCCGCCCGCCCUGCACCCUGGAGCACCCGGCCGCGAGCGUCUGCCAACUCCUCUGGAUUCUCGCGGCCGUGAGCAGCGGCUGCCGCGCCUGCACGCCCGAGGGAGGACCCUCACCGCUGCAUUUGCCCAGUAACUCUGGCUGUACCACUUACCCCUUGGGUAAAACGGGCACCCCAGGAACAUGGCCGACGAAGACCUCAUCUUCCGCCUGGAAGGCGUUGACGUCAGCCAGACCGCCCCAGCUGGCCACGACGGGGAUGCUGAUGGGGACAGUGAUGAUGAAGGUUACUUCAUCUGCCCCAUCACCGAUGACCCCGGAUCUCACCAGAAUGUCAAUUCCAAGAUUAAUAACUACUACAGCAACCUAACGAAGAGUGAGCAGUAUAGAUCCAGCGGGUCCCCCGCCAGCUCCUUCCAUUUUAAGGAAGCCUGGAAGCAUGCGAUUGAGAAGGCCAAGCACAUGCCUGACCCUUGGGCUGAGUUCCACCUCGAGGACAUUGCCACCGAAUGUGCUACGCGUCACAGGUACAACGCUGUCACCGGGCAGUGGCUGGAAGAUGAAGUUCUCAUCAAGAUGGCGUCUCAGCCCUUUGGCCGUGGAGCGAUGAGGGAAUGCUUUAGAACGAAGAAACUCUCCAACUUCCUGCACACCCAGCAGUGGAAGGGGGCCUCCAACUACGUAGCAAAGCGCUACAUCGAGACUGUGGACAGGGACGUGUACUUUGAGGACGUGCGUCUACAGAUGGAAGCCAAGCUCUGGGGGGAGGAGUAUAACCGGCACAAGCCACCCAAGCAGGUGGAUAUCAUGCAGAUGUGCAUCAUCGAGCUGAAGGAGAGACUGGGCAAGCCCCUCUUCCAUCUGGAGCACUACAUUGAGGGCAAGUACAUCAAGUACAACUCCAACUCAGGCUUUGUCCGUGACGACAACAUCCGCCUGACGCCACAAGCCUUCAGCCACUUCACAUUUGAGCGGUCCGGCCAUCAGCUGAUUGUGGUGGACAUCCAGGGGGUGGGUGACCUCUACACUGACCCGCAGAUCCACACCGAGUUGGGCACUGACUUUGGAGAUGGCAACUUAGGUGUCCGGGGGAUGGCUCUCUUCUUCUACUCUCAUGCCUGCAACCGAAUUUGCAAAAGCAUGGGCCUCGCUCCCUUCGAUCUCUCGCCAAGGGAGAGAGAUGCCGUGAAUCAGAACACCAAGCUCCUGCAAUCAGCCAAGACUAUCUUGAGGGGCACAGAGGAAAAGUGUGGGAGCCCCCGAGUAAGGACCCUCUCUGGGAGCCGCCCGCCCCUGCUCCUUCGCUUGUCAGAGAAUUCCGGAGAUGAGAACAUGAGCGACGUGACCGACUCUCUCCCUUCCUCGCCGUCUUCGGCCACACCACACAGUCAGAAACUGGACCAUCUCCAUUGGCCGGUGUUUGGUGACCUUGAUAACAUGGGGCCCAGAGACCACGACCAUCUGGACAACCACCGGGACUCUGAGAACAGUGGGGACAGUGGAUACCCCAGUGAGAAGCGGGGUGAUCUGGAUGACCCAGAGCCCCGAGAACAUGGCCACUCCAACGGCAGUCGGAGGUAUGAGUCUGACGAAGACAGCCUGGGCAGCUCCGGACGGGUCUGUGUGGAGAAGUGGAAUCUCUUCAACCCCUCCCGCCUCCACUUGCCUAGGCCUUCAGCUGCAGCCAUGGAAAUGCAAAGACUUAAUAACCUGGACCUUGAAAAGAAAAUCGGGAAGUCUAUUUUGGGGAAGGUCCACCUGGCCAUGGUGCGGUACCACGAGGGCGGGCGCUUCUGCGAGAAGGGCGAGGAGUGGGACUGCGAGUCGGCCGUCUUCCACCUGGAGCACGCAGCUGACCUGGGCGAGCUGGAGGCCAUCGUGGGCCUGGGGCUCAUGUACUCGCAGCUGCCCCACCACAUCCUGGCUGACGUCUCUCUGAAGGAUACGGAAGAGAACAAAACAAAAGGAUUUGAUUACUUACUGAAAGCAGCUGAAGCUGGCGACAGACAGUCCAUGAUCCUAGUGGCACGAGCUUUUGACACCGGCCAGAACCUCAGCCCGGACAGGGCUCGAGACUGGCCAGAAGCCCUGCACUGGUACAACACAGCCUUAGGGAUGAUGGACUGUGAUGAGGGUGGCGAGUUCGACGGGAUGCAGGAUGAGCCCCGGUAUGCGCUGCUGGCCAGGGAGGCUGAGAUGCUGCUCGAGGGUGGCUGUGGGCUGGAGAAGGACCCACAGCGAUCAGGUGACUUGUACACCGAGGCCGCAGAGGCCGCCAUGGAAGCCAUGAAGGGCCGGCUGGCCAACCAGUACUACCAGAAGGCGGAGGAGGCCUGGACCCAGAUGGAGGAGUGACAAGCCCGGGGAAUCUCUGCCUGCGAGAGCUCGUCCCGAGCAAAAGGGCUAGGAGGGAAAAAUUUUUUUAAAGACUUACACUUUGUUUUUCUUGGGGGCGGAGGGGGGUAUUUUUAGUGUGUUGUAAGUCAACUUUUGUAUCUCAUAUUUUUACUCUUGGAAAUGUUUUUGCUACUCGCAGCGAUGUCACAGCUGUCCUUUAGGGCGGUAUUACGGGGGAGUGGGGAAUGAAAACGCAGUCUGACCAACCAGUGUACCCUUUGGAGAUUAUAUUAAAAAAAUCUUUUUUUGGUCAUGAGAUGUAAGAAAGUGCUUUUCUGCCUUGGAUGGAAACCGUUAGGACAUUGCCCACCAGCCUGUCGAUGCAGGACUGAAAUUUUAGGCCCACAGAGCCCUGAGUUUGCCAAGUCAGGAUGGGGUGUGUGCUGUCAGCACUGCACGGGAAGCCGUCUUCCUUGCAUUUGGAAGCCUGCGUGGCAUUUUUCCAGGAAUAUGAGAUUGUAUAAGACCCAGGCCUCCCUCUACCACAAGGAAGGGACUUCGCACUGAUUGUUUUCUAACCUAUUAGUUUCAUUUCCCUCCUUCCCACGAAGAAACUGGUUUUCUAGGAUGGAGGCAUAUUUCACUUUUAAGCACGCUUUCUGCAGUGGGCUUUGCAAAAGAGGUUUGAUUUUUGUAUGCACAGGUCAACUACCUCUAACUCUUACAUCAGUAGUGUGGAAAUGUGCCUCAAAGCUCAAAAGGAUAGUAGCUCUGAAUGACGGCACAUUCUCUGGGAGCAGGCACCCACAGUGACUGAAGGCUCCUUUGUACAGUACUCCUCUGUGCUUUCUUAACAUCUGCUGUUCUUAUGUAGUAUCUGCUCCCCGACUCCUGUCCUUGCCGUUUUCUGCUUGAAGCUAGGCUGAUUGUCUUGUAAAUGCUUCCAGCUGCAGCCCCUUGAGAUUUAUUGAAGAUGUUUGAGAGUGAGAGGGCAAGAACUGUAAACACUCAUUAAUUCUAGUAGUUUCCCCAGGGCCAGGCUAUGGUUUUCUUUAUUUAAUGAGUGUUCCCUUUAAAAGGAGUUCAGAUUUAAUGUUAGUAUGAUUUCUGUUGGGUGUUUCAAAUAGCAAAGAAAACAGAAUGCUCUGAUCAACCCCAAGUGCCAGGAAAACAUUUUUUGUAUCCCUGCUUUUUGUAUAUGGUAUCAUAGCCAUUUUUUCUCCUGGAAGUUGGAACCCAUCAACCCUUCUUAUCUGCACCAGAUCAAGUAGUUGGCUUGUAUUGAGUUUUUAAUUUUUGUUUGUUUUUUUAAAACCAGUACAUAUUGUUCAAUUGCACAUAUUAAAUGCAUCUGAGAAGCAACUUGACUGUGACUUAUCACUUCAAAGUAAUCAAGUCGCAUAUGAUUCAUGCUUUUUUUGUUGUCAGUUCAGUCAACCUCCUCCCUCAGAUUUUAUUAGGCAAAUAAUUUGUAUUCCCUAAUCAUCUUUCUCAUUUCUUAAAGUCAUUUCUUUUCUCUAACCCAGGGAUUGGCAAAUUUUUUCUGUGAAGUGUUGGAUAGUAAAUAUUUUAGGCUCUGUGGGCCCUACAGUUUCUGUCAACUACUCAUCUCUGCAUUCAAGUUGUAGUGCUAAAGCAGCCAUUGACAAUAUGUAAAUGAACGAGUGUGGCUGUGUUUUAAUAAAACUUUAUUUACAAAAAUAGGUAGCUUGCUGACUCCUCUCUUUGAAGGCUGACUGAGAGCUACUAUAAUUAAGUCCUGAGGGCAGGAACCAUCCACAGUGCCUUAGCACAGUGUAGGCAUUCAGUAAAUGUGUGAACAAAUAGAGAGCCAGCCCUGAUCGCUGCACUCUCUCUGAGACUCUGGUUCCUCCAACAAAUUAAUGAUUUGUUGUCUGGGUUGUCUUGAACCAUCACCCCUGCAAUUCCACCCCCCAUAUGUCCUUAAUGUCUGUGGGUGGAUAGCCUGGACAUAUAGCUAAGCAAAUGGUUCUUUAAGGACCACUGAGAAUAACAAAAGUAACUUGUAAGAUAGUGAAAUUCUUUUGAGUCAUCAGAAGAAUUUUUUCAAACUUCAAAACCUAGUUUUGUGUCUUUUAAAGCUGACUAGGCCCUCUACUUUUUCCACAAAUAAUGGUCAUGCCAAAAAAACCCAAAACACAACAGGACAUUCCAGCCCCAACUGGAAAGACGUCUGAGAUUUCUUCAAGUGCAAGAAACAUGCAAAGGUCCAGGAAAUGAGUAAUAUGGGGCAAUAAUCUGUUACCUUCAUUUCACAGAUAGAGAAACCAAGUUUCUGGGUGGUAGAGUGACUCUUUCACAUGACACUUCCAGUUAGCAGCUAAGCUGGAGCUAGGGUCUAAGAGUGCUGUCAUUUAGGAGUUUAAUGACCCUUUCAGUUUUGCUGUAAGAAAAAAAGAAAAAAAAGCAGGCCUUGCAGAUGCAAGAAAGAAAAAAGUCCCCCCAAACCAAAACCCCAGUGCUUCUGAAUAGCCCUUUUCCCCCUUCAACCUACAGCACUGUGAGAAUUUCUCACAACCUUGACAAAUCAAGCCAGGUAAACUGUCCUUGUUGCUGCUUUAGUGACUUCAUUUCUUACUGACCCAGCACUUUUGUUGCAUUACUAGAUAUAUUUUACAGAUCAGUGAAGGUUUACACAGUAUAUGCAGCUUGUUUAGGGGAAAGGAGGCAAAAUAUGUGUCUUCCCUGUGUGGACUGGUACCUCUUGUGUUUUGUCUCUGAGGUAGCCACUUAACCUGAGGUAACCAUUGUCCUAGACAAGGUGGACGGACCCCGGGUGGAACCCCAGAGAAGUGGCUUGCAUUAUGGAUUUAUUUUUGCAUAUGUAUUAAAUUCUAUUUCAUCUUUCCAAAUAAAGUGGUUUCUUUCUUUCCUGUC